AGAUGAAUUAAACUAUUUCAACCGGCAUGGUAUUUAUGAAAUCUGUUAAAAUAUGACAUCUAUAAUCAAGUUCACAGCACUUUCUGGUGCUCAAAAUGAAGAACCAAACUGCUAUCUUCUGCAGGUUGAUGAAUUUACGUUUUUGCUGGACUGUGGUUGGGACGAGUGGUUUUCUGAUGGCAUUAUAAAAAAGAUAAAAAGGUAUUUGAGCCAAAUUGAUGCUAUCUUACUUUCAUUUCCUGAUCCUCAACAUCUCGGCUGUUUGCCUUAUCUUGUUGGAAAAGUUGGAUUGACUUGUCCGAUAUAUGCAACUGUUCCCAUCUAUAAAAUGGGGCAAAUGUUCAUGUAUGACUUAUAUCAGUCUCAUCACAACACCGAAGAAUUUGAUAAAUUUACACUGGAUGAUGUUGAUAUGGCAUUUGAUAGAAUCACUCAACUCAAACAUAACCAAACUUUAACUUUGAAAGAUAAAGGUCACGGCUUAUCAAUAACCCCCAUACAUGCUGCUCAUAUUAUUGGAGGGACGUCAUGGAAGAUAGUCAAAGCUGAUGAAGAAGGAGAAAUCGUUUAUGCAGUUGAUUUCAAUCACAAAAGAGAAAGACAUUUGAAUGGUUGUACUCUUCUGGAAUCAGUUGGAAGUGGUGGCAAUGGAGGUAGAGGCGGAAUAGCUGGUUCAGUGUGCCCUCCUCAACUUCUUAUUACUGAUGCCUACAACGCUUCAUAUCAACAAGCAAGAAGAAAGUUGAGAGAUGAGGAACUUUUGACUAAAAUUAUAGAGACCAUGAGAUCAGAUGGGAAUGUGUUGAUUGCAGUUGACACUGCAGGACGAGUUCUUGAACUUGCAAUAUUAUUGGAUCAGUUAUGGCGAGACACAAGAUCAGGCCUACAUGCUUAUUCCCUUGCUAUGUUAAACAAUGUAACAUACAAUGUUGUGGAAUUCGCAAAGUCUAUGAUGGAAUGGAUGAGCGAAAAAAUUAUCAACUCCUUCACGGAUCAACGUAACAGCCCAUUCCAGUUUAAGCAUCUGAAACUGUGUCAUAAUUUGGGAGAUCUGGCACAAGUUCCACAUCCGAAGUGUGUUUUGGCAAGCACCACGGAUAUGGAAAGCGGAUUUUCACGUCAACUUUUUAUUCGAUGGUGUUCUGAUCCACGCAAUUCAGUCAUUGUCACUGGGAGAACAGCAAAAGGAACUCUUGCCAGAACACUGAUUGAUGAUCCAACUGUGUCUUCUUUAAAUUUAGAGAUUCGUAAACGUGUUCCUAUUGUUGGUGAAGAAUUGGAUGAAUACGAAAAAAAAAGAUCAGCUAGAAAGGCGAUUGAACGAAAAACGUUGCAAGACGAAUCAAGUGAUGAGAGUGAUGUUGAAGAAACCAAGGGAUCUGCUGUUAAACAUGAUUUACUCAUAUCUGCUGAUUCAUCUAAAAAAAGUGGUGGAUUUUUCAAACAAGCCAAGAAAACAUUUCCAAUGUAUCCCUAUGUUGAGAAUAGAAUCAAGUGGGAUGAAUAUGGUGAAGUAAUAAAUCCUGAUGAUUUUAAAACAUUAGAAAUGACAGGAAAUGAAGACGAAUCACAUGAAGUUGAUAAAACUCAAGAGAAGGAAACUAAGGAGGAAAUUCUUGAAGACGAAGAUACCGAAGUGCCAACAAAAUGUAUUUGUGAAGUUCGUACUUUGGAAGUUAAAUGCAGUGUCACCUAUAUUGAUUUUGAAGGACGAUCAGAUGGAGAAUCAAUGUUGAAGAUAAUACAACAAAUAAAACCUAGAGAAGUAAUUUUAGUGAGAGGAACCCCUUCAAAUACUACCAGAUUAGCUGAAACUAUACGGAGAACACUCGGUGGUGAUAUAUCUGCUCCUGGUUUAGCACCUUUAGCACCCUCCCCUGAUGCUGUCCAAGUUUUUACACCUGCUGUAGAUGAAGUAGUAGACACAACAAAAGAACGUCACAUUUACCAGGUUAAAUUGAAAGACUCACUCGUAAACACGUUGAGAUUCUUCAAAACUAAAGAUGCUGAAGUAUGUUGGUUGAAUGCAAAACUCGAUUUCAUGGAAGCAGCUAUGAAUUCUAUGGAAGUACUUUCAGCAUUGCAGAUUAAGGAAUCUCAAGGUGAACAACAGAGUAUUAGAAGGUAUUCACAUGAUAAUUAUGAAGACGAGGAACUUUCAGAAGAAAAAAUAUUUAAAAUGGACGUUGAUCAAGACCAAGUUGACAAAAUAGUUGAUCGUGCGAAUGCUGAUAAUGUCAAUAUAACUCCCACCCUAACAUCACUACAUCCUGAUGAGCUUGAAAGCCAUGGAACAUACUUUGUCAAUGAUGUUCGACUCUCGGAUUUCAAACAAAUAUUAAUAAAAGAAGGGAUUUCUGCAGAAUUUAUUGGAGGAGUUCUUGUCUGUAACAACAGUGUAGCAAUAAGACGGAAUCAACAAGGGUUAGUUGACAUGGAAGGUUGUCUUUCAGAUGAUUAUUAUCGAAUACGGGAAUUGUUAUAUGCUCAGUAUGCGAUACUCUAGUACUGUGUGAAGUUUGCACUGCAAACUUGUUGGUACAGUGGCAGCACAUUAAACCGAGCGCUAUUGUUAUAAUAUGGCCAUCAUAAUGGUAAUUAUCCACAUCUGUUCCAAGAGAUUUGAUUGGUGGAGAAGGGAGUUCUGUCUGGUUGUGAACUUGUGAUAUUGCCAUGUUAUCAGUAUCAUGUGCAAUUUUUCGUAUUUUGCGUUCAGAUAAUUUUUCACUGAUUUCUACAAAAAAAAUUGAUUAACCAAAUUGCAAUAAACAUGAGUUUGGAAGGAAGGCA